AUGGUUCUGCUGGAGAUCAGUUUCGCGAUCAACGGAAAGAAGUACAACGUCAACUCGAAGAGUGUCCCGGUGGAUACCUCUUUGAACACCUUCAUCCGUAACCAUGCGCAUCUUAGUGGAACUAAGUUUAUGUGCCUGGAAGGAGGCUGUGGUGCUUGCGUCGUCAAUUUGAGUGGCGUUCAUCCGGUCACCGGAGAUGUCUUCUCCUAUGCUGUCAACUCCUGUUUGUUUCCAGUGCUCGCAUGCCAUGGAAUGGAUGUUACAACUGUCGAGGGCAUCGGAGACAAGCAGAGCGGAUAUCAUGCCACCCAAAAGCUGCUGGCCCACUUCAACGGUACGCAGUGUGGCUACUGCUCGCCUGGCAUGGUCAUGAACAUGUACAGUCUGCUUGAGGCGAAAAAAGGACAGGUCACCAUGGAGGAGAUCGAAAACUCCUUUGGCGGAAACAUCUGCCGUUGUACCGGCUACCGUCCGAUCCUCGACGCAUUCAAGGCCAUGGCUGUUGACGCCGAUCCCAAGCUCAAGCAGAAAUGCCAGGAUAUCGAGGAUCUUACCAAAAUCUGCCCCAAAACGGGUUCGGCGUGCGCUGGAAAAUGUGCCAGUGCUGCUACCAAGAACGGACCCAAAAAAGGACUUCAUAUGAGUUUCGAUGAAGAACAAGAAUGGCACAAGGUGUACAAUGUGAGUGACAUCUUUGCCAUCUUCGAAAGCAUUGGAGACAAACCGUACACGCUUAUUGGAGGAAACACCGCUCAUGGUGUGUACCGACGGGACGAAGCGAUCCGUGUCUUCAUCGACGUCAAUGCUGUCCAGGAGUUGCGUGCCAAUUCGGUUGGAAGCUCCGUUACCAUCGGAGCAGGUACUUCGCUGACCGAGCUGAUGGAACUAUUGGCCAACACGGCAAAGCAGAACAACAAUUUCUCCUAUUUCGAACACAUGAUCCGUCACAUUGAUUUGAUAGCAAACGUUCCGGUUCGCAACACUGGAACCAUCGCGGGAAACCUCAGCAUCAAGAACCAACAUCGAGAGUUUCCUUCCGAUUUGUACCUUAUCCUCGAAGCUGCUGACGCUAAGCUGACCAUUCUGGAGUCCCAAGGAAAAACAUCCACCGUUCGACCAUCCGAGUAUGUGGCUAUGGACAUGAAAAAGAAGCUGCUCUUGAAUGUCAUUCUGCCUCCUCUGUAUCCUUCUACCAACGUUUAUCGCUCAUUCAAGAUCAUGCCCCGUGCACAAAACGCACACGCGUACGUCAACGGUGCGUUCCUGCUCAAGCUCGACGGAUCUAACAUCCUCUCGAGCAACAUUUGCUUCGGAGGAAUCGAUCCGCAAUUCACGCAUGCCGUCAAGACGGAAGCAUUUCUAAAGGGAAAGGACCUCCUGACCAACGAGACCACUCAGGAGGCCCUCAAAAUCCUCGCCAGUGAGCUGAACCCCGACUGGGUACUUCCCGACGCAGCUCCAGAAUAUAGGAAGAAUCUGGCCCUAUCUUUGUUCUACAAGUUUGUGCUCAAUAUCGCUCCGGAAUUGAACGCAUCCGUCAAGAACGAAUUCAAGUCUGGUGGAACGGUUCUCGAGCGUCCUCUUUCUUCUGGUACCCAGUCUUUCGAUACCAUCAAGGACAACUGGCCGCUUACUAAGAAUAUUCCUAAGAUCGAGGGAUUAUUGCAAACAUCGGGUGAGGCUAAAUACGCCAACGAUCUCCCCAUGUUUCCCAACGAGCUGUAUGCCGCGUUUGUCUUGGGAACGGAGUCUCAGACGAAAAUUAUCGAUAUCGAUGCUUCGGAGGCGCUGAAAAUUCCCGGUGUCGUUGCCUUCUUCUCGGCGAAGGACAUCCCUGGAGAGAAUAAUUUUAUGAACUUCAAGGGUUUUAUGGGUCCACAUAACGAGGAAAUAUUCUGCAGCGAGAAAGUGCUCUAUCACGGCCAACCGAUAGGACUUGUGGUAGCCGAUACCUUCAACCUGGCCAACCGAGCCAGCAAGUUAGUGAAGGUUCAGUACGAGAAAACGUCAGUCACCCGUUUUCCAACCGUUAAAGAUGUGCUGCUUGCCAAGGCCAACGAUCGUCUGCACGAGAUGCCAUAUAGCACGCUCGGUGAGGAGUUUGAGGCUGCCCCUGAAGGUCCGAUCAAGGUGAAAGGUCGCUUCGAAAUCGGAGGCCAAUACCAUUACACCAUGGAAACGCAAACCAGCGUGUGCAUUCCGAUCGAGGACGGUAUGGAUGUGUAUUCGGCCACCCAGUGGAUUGAUUUCACACAAAUCGCCAUAUCCAAGAUGCUGAACGUUCCUGAGAAUAGCCUGAAUUUGUAUGUUCGCCGUCUCGGUGGAGGAUACGGUAGUAAGGGAACCAGGGCCACCUUGGUAGCUUGUGCGGCAGCUCUGGCAGCGCACAAGACACGUCGACCCGUGCGUUUGGUGAUGACACUCGAGGCCAACAUGGAAGCAAUCGGUAAGCGGUACGGAGUCAUCUCCAACUACGAGGUGGACGUCGAGAAGGAUGGCAAAAUUACGAAGCUGCACAAUGAGUACGUCCACGACUUUGGAUCGUGCUUGAACGAGUCCAUGGGACACUGUGCCGAGUUUUUCCGCAAUUGCUACGACAAUAAAGCGUGGAAGACGGUGGCUAAGGCGGCCGUUACGGACUCGGCCAGUAACACGUGGUGUCGCGCUCCUGGUACGACGGAGGGCAUUGCUAUGGUGGAAACCAUCAUGGAGCAUGUAGCCCACGCUACCGGACUGGAUCCGCUGGACGUACGUAUGGCUAACAUGCCAAAGGACUUGAAAAUGUACGAGUUGAUGCCUCAGUUCCGCGCGGAUGUUAAGUAUGACAUGCGCAAAAAGCAAAUAGCGCAGUUUAAUCGCGAAAACCGCUGGAAGAAACGUGGCCUUGCCAUCACGCCCAUGCGUUACCCGUUAGGUUACUUUGGAAAUAUUCAUGCGCUUGUUUCGAUCUACCACACGGACGGGACCGUGGUCAUCACGCACGGUGGCAUUGAAAUGGGUCAGGGUAUGAACACGAAGGUUGCCCAGGUCGCCGCCUAUGUGCUGGGUAUUCCGAUGGAAAAAAUUAGCAUCAAACCGUCGGCCAACAUGACGUCACCGAACGCUAUCUGUACCGGCGGAAGUAUGACCAGCGAGACCGUCUGCUUUGCGGUAAAGAAGGCGUGCGAAAUCCUGUUAGAGCGCAUGCAGCCAAUCCGAGAGGAGAUGAAGGACGCAUCCUGGGAGACGAUCGUAGAGAAUAGUUACUACAAAAAUGUGGACCUCUGUGCGAUCUACAUGUACAAGGCAUCGGACUUGCAGCCAUACAUCAUCUGGGGUCUGACUUGCACCGAGGUGGAGAUCGACGUGCUGACCGGCAACGUUCAGCUGCGUCGUGUUGACAUCCUGGAGGAUACCGGCGAGAGCUUGAGCCCCGGUAUUGACGUCGGUCAGGUGGAGGGUGCGUUUAUCAUGGGUGUCGGUUAUUAUCUGACUGAGGCGCUCAUUUAUGAUCCACAAACGGGUGCCCUGUUGACGAACCGUACCUGGACAUACAAGCCACCAGGAGCUAAGGAUAUCCCGAUUGACUUCCGGGUGCGCUUCCUGCAGAACAGCAGCAACGCUACCGGUGUACUGCGCUCGAAAGCCACCGGUGAACCGGCGAUGAACAUGACCAUUUCCGUGCUUUGUGCUCUGCGCAAUGCAGUACUAGCAGCUCGCACGGAUGCAGGUUUGCCAAACGAAUGGGUGCCGAUGGGGGCUCCAUCUACGCCGGAUCAGGUGUAUCUGAUGGCGGGUAACUCCGUGGAACAAUAUCUACUGAAUUAAUGUAUUACUUCCGCAUUAACAUAUAUAAAAGCGCUCGAUUGCGUAGUUUGUUGUCUAGUAAAUGGUACGAGGGUAUGUUAUGGUAAUUGUAUGAACUUGCGAUUUUAUAA